AUGCCUGCCGGACCAGACGAGACUGAUAACCACGCCGCUGGCGCUGCCACCGAGCUCACAGCAAAGCACGCUUCCUCCAAGACAGAGUCAAAUGCCAGCACUCAUCCUCUUCAUGACCAAGGCGAGCCAAAGGGUGACAAGGUCGAAUUUAUUCACCACCAGGCACACCCAGGACCAGCUGUUCCCAAAGAGUUCAAUGUCCAGCAAGAGGGUACCAAGGAAGAGCGUGCUGCUAAGACUCAGGAGCUGAACAAGUAA